AUGGAGGAGCACUUGGUGCAGCUGCUGGCUAACACCCAGCUGCCGGCCGAGGGCCCGCGCAAACAAGCUGAGCUCGACCUGAGCCAUGCGAGGACAAACCCAGACUUUCCUUUGACUCUUGCCAGGAUUGGCAUCCAUGCCAGUGCCCCCACUGAGAUUAGGCAAGCUGCAUUGACAUACCUGCGGAAGUUCAUUGAGAACAACUGGACCCCUGAUUCAUCUGAUGGCGCCCACAUUCCAAUCCCCGACGCCGCAAAGGAACAACUCCGGCCUAUGAUGCUGGAGCUGGCCCUGAGCCCCGAGGAUGAGCGGAAGGUCAAGACAGCCGCUAGUUACGUUGUCAGCAAAAUUGCCAUGGUCGACUUCCCAGACGACUGGCCGACCCUCCUUCCCACCGUUCUCAGCGUCAUCCCCAAUGGAACGGACGUCCAGCUACACGGCGCAUUGCGCAUCCUACAAGACCUGGUUGAGGAGAGCCUCAGCGAGGAGCAGUUUUUCACCAUGGCGCGGGACAUCAUCAAGGCCGUGUACGACGUUGCCCUCAACGAGAAUCGGAAGCAGACACACAGGGGCUUAGCCGUCCUUGUCUUCCGUGGCUGCUUCGACCUCAUGGAUAUCGUCAAGGAGGAUUAUAAGAAGGAGGUCAAGGCAUUCGCAGACGAAGUCCUCAAGGGCUGGCUGCCUUUCUUGGAACAGGUCAUGAAGAUGCCGCUACCGGAUUAUGGCCCCGAAACCGAAUCUCAGCCCCAGCUCUGGAAUGGCCCCAUCGCUCUCAAGUUACAGGUGGCGAAGACCCUAAUCAAGAUCAAGACCGUCUUCCCCGCCCUGCUUCUGCCCCAGAGCACCGCGCUCUUUUCUGCUACCUGGGAAGAUCUCAAUAAGCUGCAGGCCCCCUAUCAGCAGCUGUUUAUCGAUAGUGACGCUCAAGGACGGCUUGAGGAUAUAGACGGCCUGCCAUUCACCUUGGAUUUCUUGGUUUUGGAAGAGCUCGACCUCCUCAACCAGUUACUGCGUGCGCCGCCCGUCCAAAAGGAGCUCGAGGCCCAGAUCAACGCCCAUGCCGCUAUCCACGAGACGCCGUGGGUGCUGGAUCUGAUGAAGCUGGUUACAGGCUACUCGCGCAUUACCCAGGAGGAGGAGGGCCUGUGGGACAUCGAUGUGUCCCUGUAUCUUGCCGAGGAGACAUCUGUCUCGUCCAACUACACUGCCCGGACCGCGUGUGGCGAUCUCCUGAUCAAGAUCGGAGAGUGGCUCCACCAACGUGCGCUGGAGGGGCUCUUCGCCUACAGCAAGAGUUUGUUCGUCGGAGAGACGAACUGGCGUAGCCAGGAGGCUUCUCUAUACCUAUUCAACAUGCUCGUCUCCGACUUCCAAGAUUGUGCAAAGCCGGUUCCGGACGAGAUGGCAAAUGCGUAUCUAGAGCUAGUAAACUACGCUGUCAACCGACAGGAAGAGCCAAUUCUGCGCGCCAGGGGUUAUCUCGUAGCAGGCAUGUUGUCUGAAGGGUUCAGCCCCGCAGCUUCUCUGCUGGAUCGGGCCAUCGAGUCCAUUACCCGCGAGUCGUCCGAGCUUGUCCAGGUUGCCUGUGUCAAGGCCAUCGAGGGUUUCAUCAGAUCUGAACAUGUGCCGCCUGACCGGCAGAUUUCGAUCAUCGUCGCGAUCCAGCAAUUCCUGGAAGCGAAGGACCUGACUGAACUAGAGGACGCCGAUGACCUUCUGGUGACUCUGCUGGAGACGGUGCGUGCCGCUAUCAACAUGGACAAGAGGAUUGCCGUUCAUACCGACAGCAAAGCUGUCGACCUCCUCUUCCUCAUUGCGAAGCACGGCGCAUCCAAUUUCCAGGUUACCAUGGUGGUUUGCGAGGCGUUCGAGGAUAUUGCCCGCUCUCUCACUGAUUCGUCGUCCUAUACCGCCCUGUGCACCAAGGUCCUCCCCUCCUUGACUGGCGCCUUCGACGUUGCGAAUAUGACGCAGGAUGACCCCCUAGUAACUCUGGCCACGGAGCUCCUCAUGGUCCUUGUCCAGUACGGCUCUGAGCCACUCCCCGCCGGGUUCAUUGCGUCCGCACUUCCCAAGCUGAACCGAUUGUUGAUGAGCUCGCCGGAAGGCGAGGUUCUGCGCCCGGGUGCGGAGGCUGUCAAGUACAUGCUCAUGCAUGACCAUCAUCAGGUAUUUGGAUGGCACGACGAGAACGGCCGGUCCGGCCUGGAGGUCUGCCUCCUCAUUAUUGACCGCUUGCUGGGUCCUUCCAUUGAGGACAAUGCGGCCUCCGAGGUCGGAGGUCUCGCCGCAGAGCUCGUCGAAAAAGCUGGCCAGGACCGGCUCGGUCCAUUCUUGCCACAGCUACUCCAGGCGGUUGCAACCCGACUGGGCUCUGCCGAGGCGGCCCCCUUCAUCCAGUCCCUUAUCCUGGUCUUUGCGCGACUCUCUCUAGUCGGAGCCCACGAUGUCGUCGAGUUCCUGAGUAACAUCCAAAUCGAGGGCCAGAACGGUCUGCAAGUCGUCCUCAGCAAGUGGCUUGAGAACUCUAUCAACUUUGCCGGGUACGACGAGAUCAGGCAGAAUGUGAUUGCGCUUUCAAAGCUCUACUCGCUCAACGAUCCCCGCCUGGCACAGACAAUGGUCAAGGGAGACCUGAUCAUGACCGAUAGCAAUCAAAUCAUUACUAGAUCGAGGGCCAAGCAAAACCCAGACCAGUACACCGUAAUCCCCGCCACGCUCAAGAUCCUCAAGGUCCUCAUCGAGGAGCUGCUCUCGGCCUCGGGCGUCCAAACCGCCGCCAAGGCCGCCGCGGCGGCCGCGACCGAGUUCGCCGACGCCGACGAGGACGACGGCGACGACGGCUGGGAGGACGAGGCCGGCGACACGCUCGACCUGAGCCUCGGCGGCACAAAGGCGGACCUCAUGUCCUUCAUCGAGGGGUCGGGCAUGCGGCAGCGCGACGACGAGACCCAGGCCUACCUGACCGAGUUCUUCAUGCAGGCGGCGCGCGAGAACACCACCGGCUUCCAGGACUGGUACAACAUGCUGACCGAGGAGGAGCAGGGCAAGCUCAACGAGCUGGCGUCGCAGUAG